GCCCCUGCCGCCCUGCCCCUCCCUCUCGCCCUCCCGCGCUGGGACCCCCGAGUGCCGCCGCUGCAGCUGGUGCUGUUCCCGCCGCCACUGGAUUAAAAAUAGCAUCUUCCCUCCCCCUUUCCUCCUGCAGGCACGGCUCGCCCCCGCCGCGCCCUGCCCUGGGCCCGGCUACUAUCCGCCCCUAUUGCCCUCGCACUGGCUGCUCGUCGUCUGCCGACCGGUGGGAGUGAAGGAACAUGCAGCGGGCCGCGCUCUUCAGCGGCGGUGAUGCGCAGAUGGCCGCCGGGGACCUGGGCGAGCUGCUUGUCCCCUACAUGCCCACGAUCCGGGUGCCCAAGUCAGGGGACCGGGUCUACAAGACGGAGUGUGCCUUCUCCUACGACUCGCCUGAUUCAGAAGGAGGUCUCUAUGUGUGCAUGAACACAUUUCUGGGAUUUGGAAGGGAACACAUUGAGAGGCAUUACCGGAAAACAGGACAGUGUGUAUAUUUGCAUCUGAAGCGACGUGUGAUAGAGAAGGUACCAGGGGCAUCUGGUGGAGCUUUACCAAAGAGGAGGAAUGCUAAGCUAUUUUUAGAUCUAGAGAUAAACAGUGAUCUGAACAGUGAUGACUUUGAAUAUGAAGAUGAAGCAAAACUCGUUUUAUUUCCUGAUCACUAUGAAAUCCCAUUGCCUAAUAUAGAAGAGCUACCAGCACUGGUGACGAUAGCUUGUGAUGCACUCCUCAGUGCAAAAUCACCCUACAGGAAGCAGGACCCUGACUCCUGGGAAGAAGAACUACAGGCAUCUAAACAUGCCAAAACACUUGUACAGUUAGACAAUGGUGUUAGAAUUCCCCCCAGUGGUUGGAAAUGCUCAAAAUGUGACCUGCGGGAGAAUCUGUGGCUGAACUUGACAGAUGGUUCUGUGCUUUGUGGAAAGUGGUUCUUUGAUGGCAGUGGGGGGAACGGGCAUGCAAUGGAGCACUACAAGGAGACAGGUUAUCCCCUAGCAGUGAAGUUGGGAACCAUCACUCCUGAUGGAGCAGAUGUCUAUUCCUUUGAUGAAGAGGAGCCAGUUUUAGACCCACAUAUAGCAAAACAUUUGGCACACUUUGGAAUUGAUAUGCUGCAGAUGCAAGUGACAGAGAAUGGGUUAAGAGAUAAUGAUAUAAAACCAAGAGUCUCUGAAUGGGAAGUGAUUCAGGAAGCUGGUGUGAAACUCAAGCCCAUGUAUGGCCCAGGAUACACUGGCAUGAAGAACCUGGGAAAUAGCUGCUACCUCAAUGCUGUCAUGCAAGCUAUUUUCAGCAUCCCAGAGUUCCAGCGAGCGUAUGUAGGAAACCUUCCACGAAUAUUUGACUACUCCCCUCUUGAUCCAACGCAAGAUUUUAGCACUCAGAUGGCUAAACUGGGACAUGGCCUCCUUUCAGGCCAGUACUCUAAGCCUCCCAUGAAAUCUGAGCUUAUUGAGCAGGUGAUGAAAGAAGAACACAAGGCUCAGCACAAUGGAAUAGCUCCUCAGAUGUUUAAGGCUUUUAUAAGUAAAGGCCACCCAGAAUUUUCCUCUAAUAGACAACAAGAUGCACUGGAAUUUUUCCUACAUCUUAUAAAUCUAGUAGAGAGGAACCCUGUAGGAUCAGAAAACCCUAGUGAUGUUUUCAGGUUUCUGGUGGAAGAACGCACACAAUGCUGCCAGUCUAGAAAGGUCCGCUACACGGAGAGGGUGGACUAUAUCAUGCAGUUACCUGUUGCCAUGGAGGCAGCAACAAACAAAGAUGAAUUAAUUGCCUAUGAAUUGAAGAGGCAAGAAGCAGAAGCUACAAGGAGACCUCUACCAGAGCUUGUCCGUGCCAAGAUCCCAUUCAGUGCGUGUCUGCAGGCCUUUUCUGAGCCAAGCAAUGUAGAGGACUUCUGGAGCAGUGCCCUUCAAGCAAAAUCUGCAGGAGUGAAGACUUCUCGGUUUGCUUCAUUUCCUGAAUACUUAGUGGUGCAGAUAAAGAAAUUCACCUUUGGCCUUGACUGGAUACCCAAAAAGCUUGAUGUUUCUAUAGACAUGCCAGAUUUCCUAGAUAUCAACCACCUUCGGGCCAGGGGUCUCCAGCCCGGAGAAGAGGAACUUCCAGACAUUGCUCCUCCCAUUAUCAUUCCUGAUGACCCAAAAGGUCACAUGAUGAACAAUGUCAUGGAGUCUCUAGAUAUUGAUGAGUGUUCAGUUAUGCAACUGGCAGAGAUGGGUUUUCCUUUGGAAGCAUGUCGUAAAGCUGUGUACUAUACAGGCAACCUGGGUGCUGAAGUUGCUUUCAACUGGAUCAUUGCACACAUGGAAGAACCAGACUUUGCUGAGCCAUUGGUCAUACCUGCAUAUGGAGAAGUUGCUUCCAAUGGAGCAGCUGCAUUUGGAACUGUUGGGCUAGAUAACCAACCUCCUGAAGAGAUGGUUGCAAUUAUAAUUUCCAUGGGCUUCCAAAGGAAUCUGGCAAUUCAAGCACUGAAGGCAACAAACAAUAAUUUGGAGCGUGGACUGGAAUGGAUCUUCAGCCACCCUGAACUCGAGGAAGAAAGUGAGCCUGCUUUGGACAUGAUGGAUAUGGACAACAAUGCUAAUGCCAUUAUUGCAGAGGCGGGGUCGGAGGGACCCACGGUCAAAGAUGGGUCUGGAAGAUACGAGCUGUUUGGGUUCAUCAGCCACAUGGGAACAUCCACAAUGAGUGGCCACUAUGUUUGUCAUCUCAAAAAAGAAGGAAGAUGGGUGAUCUACAAUGACCUUAGAGUCUGUGCCUCAGAACGACCUCCCAAAGACCUGGGAUACAUUUAUUUUUACCACAGGAUACCAAGUUAGGCCUGAAAUCUCUUACUUGGCCUUAAAAAGCCGUAAGCCUUUUUAACCAGCCCCAAGCCCCAUACAAUAAAAAAGAAAAUCUAAACCCCACAGAGCACCCCUAGCCCUUGAACUGCCAAAAAGCAAAGGACAUCAUGGGAUAUUUAGUUUAUUUAAAAAGUCAUUUGAUGCUGCCUUAAGUGUUAGAUGGCAAAUUUCUAUUAGGUGAUGUACAUUGUUUUAAUUUUGUACAUGUUAAAGGAUACCUUAAGACCAUGCAGAUUAGUGGUGGAGUUUGCAGCUAGUAUACGGAGAAAACAGAAGUUUCAGGGUUGAACAAAAAUAGCCCAUCAACUGGGGUUCAGCCCAGCUCCUGCCUGUUCUGACCAUGCAUCUGUUGAAGACCACAAAGAAAUACUUGCACCUUUGGUAAGUGGGAACCAGUGUUUUCAACCAGAGUCAAGACCACUUAGAUAAAUCAUGUCGCGUAUAGAAAUGGAGUGGGUAUGUGAGUGUAAUUCAGAAUAGAAUGUUUUAUUUGAGAUUAUUUUUGAUGUAGUGAGAAAAUUCCAACAGAUACAACUAGAGUCAUAUCUGUUGUAACCCAGCUUUAUAUUAUUUUGGUUUGCCUUUUUGAUGCAUAAACCUAAGAAAUAAAUGGAGAUGGAAGCAAUCUCCUGCCAGCGCCCUGCACAUUUUCUUAGAAAGAGAAAUGAUAGAUUUUACUUUUGCAGAUGCAGGUUUCUUCAUCUUCUCUUGAAUGUUUCUUUUGCAAGUUCUUCCAACAGAUUCAGGAUUACAGAUGGCUAAAGGAAGCAGACUUUCUGACUAUAAAAUUAAAUUCAUACCCUUAGGAAAGCUAAGGGUGUUAUUUAAAUUUUAUCUUCUUAUGAAGGAGGUAAAGGAGGUGUUAAUGUCCCAUUAUAUUUAUUUCAGGGAAAUUUUCAUCUUGACCACUCACAUUCCAUCUGAAAUCAACUUGACAAAGCACUCACAGUGCAAUUCUGCUUUCUGCCAAAGAUUGCUUAAAUACUUAGUUCCAUCCAUGAGUGGGGGAAAUGGCUUAGUAAGAUUGCUCAUUUAUUGAUUUGCCUCUCUCUCCUUCCUCCCUUAGAAAAUCCCAAACCAUCAAAACCAAAACCAAACAACAAAAAAAUCUCACCUUGAAGUGUUUCAGCUUUAAGACUUGCAAACACACCAAUAAUCUGAUCUCUUUAACAGACACAUUCUGAAGGGGUUUUUAUAUUUUUGGCAGGUAUAAAGGUAAGGGCUGGCUUUUCCUGCCUUUCUUGUGAGAGGGGGAGUAGUGGUGUUAUUUCAGUUUGUGUCACAGGUGCAGGCAAGAAUAUGUAUGUGGGGUUUUAAACUGUUUGAGAAUACUAGUUCUAGAAAAAGUAAAUGGUGAGUGUGAAACCUUUAAUGAUUCCAAAAAACCCUCAAAUGUUCACGGUGUUGGCCACUGCUUAGAGGCUGUUGCUGAAGUUGCUUCAUAUAAUCUUACUGAGCCCUGAAAAUAAAUUGAAACAGUCAAAAAUGAAAUAAAAAAUAAAAUUCUCCUUACAGAGUUCAAGAGAAGCAGGGAGGUAUAAUUACAUUUUCUUUUCAGUUAGUGCCUGCAAGUUUAAUAGCAAAAUUCAGGCAGCUACAUGCUACAGAAGAGAAUCCAAAUUAAAAGUGAUGUUAUGAGUAGGGCAUUUUAUUUUUUCCAGUAUAGUUUUUCCUGUAGUCAUAUAGCCUAAUGCAGAGCCAAACCCCACUGCUGGGUGGGUGUUUUUUGUUUUUUGUUUUUUUUUUAAUCAGUUUGUGAUCUUACAAGAUUAUGAGAGAAAUUCUAGUGCAGUAAUUCUGUAGAGUCUAAAUGGUGCCAAACUGCUGGGAAAGCUUCCUGCACUUUGUGCUCUUAUUGACACAGAAGAGUGACAUCCCAGCACAUUAAUAAGUGGCUUCUCAGAUUCAGCUGCCUUGUCAUUAUUGAGCCACCAGUUCUGGACAAAAAAAAAAACGCUGUCAGUAAUUUUUUUGCUUCUUCCGGGUUUUAAAUAUUUGUGUAUUUCACCAGAAAGGGACAGAUUUGAAAAUGAGAUCACGAAUUUAUUCAGUGAUGCACCAUCUAUUUAAAGUGAAAGAAUAAAACUUCCAUGUA